AUGCUUGAAGCGAGUACGCAGGCGAUGAUGGCAAUCGCAGGCGGUCUGAGAGCCAGGAAGCAGGAGGCGUCAACCGAGACUCCAAGGAUGCGUCGAUGCAGGCAGGCCCUGAUGCUGUCCAGUGUUCCAGACACACUACCCGAGUCUGGUAAUGAUAUGCGAUCAGCUUUCGUAUCCGCCCAUCUUCGCGCGCAUCAUCACGAUCAUGCGCUCCACCACGAGACCAUCAAACACUCCAUCCGCGACCUGCCAAUCGGUUGGUCCGAGCUCAAUCUCGCGAGCCGCGACAUCGCAGCGCACUCGAUCGAGCUCCACUUCUCAUUGGCACCACGCGAUCAAGCGUCUCUCGAAGCAGAGCUGGCAGAGACCUCUGAUCCCGAUCAUCCUCGUUGGCGCCAACACCUCACACGCGACCAAGUCGAUGCCUUUCGUCGACCGAAGGAGCUCACCGUUCGCUCAUUGGAGUCAUUCCUCAAAGGUCACGGAUUACACAACAUCAGGUAUUCCAGCGAUGGCACGAUUGCCUCAAUCAAAACUUCAGUUCAAAAGGCAGACUCGAUGCUCAAGGCCAAAUUUCGCAUGUUCCAGCACAAGUCAGGCAGCAAAGUCCUCAGGACGCGAUCGUACGAGCUGCCUGAUCAUCUUGCGGCUCACAUCAGGAGCGUACAACCCACCACAUUCUUCGGAAACCAUCUGGUCAAGCGCAAGCCGGUCACAGCGCCGCCGAUACGUGAGCUACAGGAGCGAGACCUGGCACCUGUGUCGACAGAGUAUCCGGAAAGCUGCCGAAACCUAUCAUCUGUGCCCUGGGACUGUCUGCGUCGUGUAUACCAGACGGACGACUAUAUUGUCAAGCGACCCGGCACGAACGCAGUCGGCAUCGUUGCCUUCCUCAACGAGACAGCGCUUCAUUCUGAUGCGGUCUUGUUGGCCAAUUUGGAGCGACCGUCAGCAGCCGGAUACGCAGCUCGCUUCUCUGUCGAAGCAUGGGGCGGGGCAUCGGAUGAGCAGGUUCUCAACAAGGCUACUCUCGAGGCUGAGGAUGAUCAAGAAGGCAACAUGGAUGCUCAGACCGUGCUCAUGAUGACGCACCCACUCCAAUUCAAUUUUUACACUGUCGGCGGCAGAGGGCUCUGGAAGCCCGAUGCCAAUGAGAACACAAACGGAAACGAGCCGUACCAGAUCGCUCUGGCGCAUUUGCUUGCUCUGCCAGACGAUCAGCUCCCCCGCGUGCUCUCGUUUUCGUACGCAGAUGACGAGCAAGCUACCCCACGGGGAUAUGCAGCGGCAACGUGCGAGCAGUUCGGUGCUCUCGCUGCUCGUGGCGUGUCUAUCUUCUUCAGCGCUGGCGAUGGAGGUACGGCGGGAGCAGCUACGAACUGCGAGAUCAACGAUGGAAGCCGCCGAGAAGCAAUCCUUGCAACCUUUCCGGCUACUUGCCCCUAUGUUACUGUGUAA